AAGUUAGACUUGUUCUGUUCUCUAUGGACAUUAUUCCUCAUUACGUAAACUCCGACAAGCACCGAAUAUUUUAAAAGAAGAAUUUAUCGAAUACUGUACAUUCCUACGAACAUUUGAAAAACGAACAUGUUUUCUACCGUCGGAAGAGCUGGUCUUCUGGCCACAAGAACGGUAGUAAACAACUCCUUGGCUGAGAAGACUCCAUUGGUUGCCGCAGCCCUAGCGAACAAACGUGAUUAUGCAGCUAAAGCCGCAGGAAAGGGAUCAGGUAAGGUGGUGGCAGUCAUCGGUGCUGUCGUUGACGUACAAUUUGAGGAUGAUCUUCCACCUAUCCUAAAUGCCUUAGAAGUACAAAACCGGACCCCUAGACUAGUUCUCGAGGUGGCGCAGCACUUGGGUGAGAACACCGUACGUACAAUUGCUAUGGACGGUACCGAAGGUCUCGUCCGUGGGCAGCCCGUUCUCGACUCUGGCUCUCCCAUCCGUAUCCCCGUGGGAGCAGAGACCCUUGGCCGCAUUAUCAACGUAAUUGGAGAGCCCAUUGACGAGCGUGGCCCCAUUCCUACCGACAAAACAGCCGCCAUCCACGCUGAAGCCCCCGAAUUCGUUGAGAUGUCUGUAGAGCAGGAGAUUCUCGUCACUGGUAUCAAGGUUGUAGACCUCCUCGCCCCCUACGCCAAAGGAGGCAAGAUCGGUCUAUUCGGCGGCGCUGGUGUCGGAAAAACCGUACUUAUUAUGGAGCUGAUCAAUAACGUGGCUAAGGCUCACGGUGGUUACUCCGUGUUCGCUGGUGUCGGGGAGCGCACCCGUGAGGGUAAUGAUUUGUACCAUGAAAUGAUUGAGUCUGGAGUAAUUUCCCUAAAAGACAAAACCUCUAAGGUAGCACUUGUGUAUGGUCAGAUGAACGAGCCCCCUGGCGCGCGUGCCCGUGUUGCCCUCACUGGACUGACUGUAGCUGAGUACUUCCGUGACCAGGAGGGCCAGGAUGUGCUGCUAUUCAUUGACAACAUCUUCCGUUUCACCCAAGCUGGUUCUGAGGUGUCUGCCUUGCUGGGUCGUAUUCCAUCUGCUGUAGGUUACCAGCCUACCUUAGCCACUGACAUGGGUACUAUGCAGGAGCGUAUCACCACCACCAAGAAAGGUUCCAUCACCUCAGUACAGGCCAUCUAUGUGCCUGCUGAUGACUUGACAGACCCGGCCCCUGCCACCACCUUCGCUCACUUGGAUGCUACAACUGUAUUAUCUCGUGCUAUCGCUGAGCUUGGCAUCUACCCUGCUGUGGACCCUCUUGACUCUACUUCACGUAUCAUGGACCCAAACAUCAUUGGAGCUGAGCACUACAAUGUAGCACGUGGAGUUCAGAAGAUUCUCCAGGACUACAAAUCACUGCAGGACAUAAUUGCUAUCCUGGGUAUGGAUGAAUUGUCUGAGGAAGACAAACUGACCGUAGCCCGUGCACGUAAAAUCCAGAGAUUCCUCUCACAACCUUUCCAGGUUGCUGAAGUAUUCACUGGGCAUGCAGGAAAACUUGUACCACUCGAGGAAACCAUCAAAGGCUUCUCUAAAAUCCUCCAGGGUGAAUACGAUCAUUUACCUGAGGUGGCAUUCUAUAUGGUUGGACCCAUUGAAGAAGUUAUAGCAAAGGCAGAUACUUUAGCCAAGAAUGUAUAAACGUUAUUAUGAACUGAAUUAGUUCGAAAUAGUCAUUCAAAAACUCAUGUUAUUUAUUAUUAAACUAUUGUAUUGUGCCUAUUUAAGGAUCAAAAUCGAUAAUAUAAUUGUAAGAACUAUACCAUUCAUGCAAUAGUAAUUUAAGAACAAUAAAAUGAAUAUAAAUAUA